UUUGGAGUCUCAAAAUGAAGACAAUGUUCAAGUCCCAGGAGCUAUGGGAUUUGGUGGAGAAUGAGUAUGUUGAGCCAAAUCCGGCACCGGCUCAACCCGACCAACAGCUACGGGAGACUCGCAAGAAAGAUGCAAGAGCACUAUUUUUCAUCCAAUCGGCACUGGAUGAUGAAAAUUUUCCCCGAAUUGCAACAUCAACAACCUCCAAUCAAGCAUGGGAGACUCUAAAGCAAGAAUAUUUGGGCAACAAGAAGGUAAUUACUGUGAAAUUACAAAUACUUCAUCGUGAAUUUGAAACUUUAGCCAUGAAAGACAAAGAGUCUGUGCAAGAAUUUAUGUCUAGAGUUUCUGGAAUUGUUAAUCAUAUGAAAACCUAUGGUGAAAGUAUUAACAAUGAAAUUGUUGUAAGUGAAGUGUUGAGAAGUUUAACAAAAAGUUUUGACCAUGUUGUUGCUGCAAUAGAAGAAUUUAAGGACCUAUCUACUUACAGUUUUGAUGAACUAAUGAGUUCAUUGUUAGCCCAUGAAGUUCGAAUCAGUAGGUCCUAUGAAAAGGUGGACGAGAAAGCUUUUCAGGUGAAGGGGGAGCCUCUUUACAAGGUGAAAUCAGAAUUUUUUUGUGGCCGAGGCAGAGGAAGAGGUGGCUAUCGUGGUCGAGGUCGUGGCAGCGGCAAAGGAAGAGGUCAAUUUGGCGAUCAGCAUCAAAACAGAAACAACAUUCAAUGUCGAUAUUGUAAGAAGUUGGGCCACAUAAAAGCUAAUUGCUGGACCAAGCAGAGGGAUGAAGAAAAGCAAGCAAAAUUCACAGAGUAAAAGCAAGCAAAUAUCACAGAGGAAGUUGAAGA